AUGGAUGCGAGGUUCGCUCGGAUGCUCUGCGUGCUCUGCCUGGUCCUCACGGUCCGAGCCUUUACCCAGGAAGGGUUCAAGGAGGUGUUGCUGAAGCGGCUGGGACUCUCCGAGGCCCCUAAACUUCAUAAGAGGGACUUGGUGGAUCUGGUUAUCCCAGACCACGUAAAGAACAAAUACAUGUCCAUGCUGAAGCGCCAGAGGGUGAAGCGCCGAGCUUUGCCGAGCCUGGCCGGCAUCCUCAGGGGGAUCCCUGGCAACGCAGGUGUGGCAGGAGAAGUCCUCUACUCCAACACCACCACGCGCCAGAACCUGAUCUUUGACAUGGAGGGCAGAAUACCUAAAAACAGUGAAGUGACAAUGGCUGAACUGAAACUCUUCAAAAAGCCUCUGGACAGAGCAAACCUGCCUGCCAAGCAGUCUCACAGGCCCGUCUCCAACGCCAGAGUCAGCGUGUACUGGGUGCAACGGCACCACGACGGUACCAACAGGACCUCCCUCAUAGACUCCCGGCUGGUUCCCAUACGUGAGUCAGGCUGGAAGAACUUCGACGUGACGCAGGCUGUGCAUUACUGGCUGCGAAACAAGAGGCGGGAGCCAAUGUUCCUGGAGGUCUGGAUUGAAGGAGAAAGGGUAGGCAGCCACGCCUCCGAAGUGGCCAAAGCUGUGCGGUUCACCUCUCAGGACCCCAAGGAUAAAGCCCUAGGCAAACCUGAGCUGGUGCUUUACACCCUUGACUUGGAAGACUAUGGGGGCCCUGGGGACUGCAAGGAGGAGGCGGUGACGGGGAAGUCCACCUGCUGCCGGCAGAAACACUACGUCAACUUCCGCGAGCUCUCCUGGGCGCAGUACUGGAUCAUCGAGCCGGCAGGGUACCAGGCUUACCGGUGCUCGGGGGGCUGCCUGCAGCCCCCCAGCCCGCUGUGGCGCUUCGGCUACGGGGAGCGCUCCUGCGCCGUGGUGGGGAGCUCCCCGCUCCCCAUGAUGUACCUUGUCAAGAGGGGCAACCGCACCGAGAUCGAAGCAGCCGAGUUUCCCAACAUGAUCGUCGAGAAGUGCAGCUGCGUCAUGGGUGGCAUGGCGCUGGCGUGA